AUAGUUGCCAUCGCGUCACAUGACCUGAAUUGUGGCCCCGUGACCAAAAUUGAAGGAAAAUUCAAAAUUUCCAAAAGAACAAUAAAAAUAUCGUACAAUGGACAUGCUAGAUCCAUUAGAAGCAAGUGAGACAUCGGAAGUUGAGACGAAAGUGAUGUUAAAUGAAAUUCACAUUAAGGGACAUGGAAUGGACAGUGAUGAAGAAGGCAAUGUUGAUCACCUUUCUCCACAAACAUUACUUGAAACCCCUGGUGAAAAUGAAGUGCAAUAUUCACUUAGAUCACCAGAAGGAGGUAUGAUAACCUACAGAGUGUUACAAGUUGAUGACAGUAGCGUAGAAGCAGUUCCACAAAUUGUAACGACUGGUUCCACUGGUUACACAAAUGCAGGUGUGCCUCAAGUUCUAACAAGUAAUCUCAAUGGUCAACUCUAUGUAAUAGGAAAUCCAAAUGACAUGUUUGCUUCUCAAGCUGGAACAAGAACUAUUGCUCCAAGAUCAUCUAUAAUCGAAACAACUAAUAGUGUUGUUAAUAACAUAAAAAAGAGAGACGAAAGACGAAGAGCAACACAUAAUGAAGUCGAAAGGCGAAGACGUGAUAAAAUAAACAACUGGAUAACAAAACUAUCCACUAUUAUUCCAGAGACAAAUCCAAGCGAAAUAAAGGGAAAUGGUCACUAUGAUGGGCAAUCAAAAGGGGGAAUUCUGGCAAAAGCAUGUGAUUACAUCAUGGAAUUGAAAGACAUACAAGAAAAAUGUGAACAAUGUCUAAAGGACAAUAAACAAUUAGCCCAAAAUUUGGAGUUGGUAAAAAUUAAAAACUCUAUUUUGGAGAGAGAGAAUAAAGAAUUGAAAGAAUUACUGAAGAAGAAUGGGAUACUUUAUGUUCCCAGCGAAAUUUCUUCUUAGCUGUCAUAGUUAGUUAUUUAGGAAAAUAUUUUCGAUUUUAUCGUGCACUGUUUUUUAUAGUUUUUUCUUUAUUUUUCUAUAUUUUAUUGUCCAAUUGUUGUACAGUAAUUCGCCAUUAAUUUUAAUUAAGUUCAAUUUAUGAAGUUGAUAUCUAGUUUAUAAAAUUGUUGUAAAUAAAUAAAUGUAUAUUAUUGAAA